UAGCGAGGAAGCAACGAAACCUACGAUGUCGCACGCUGGCACAUAGGAUAUGGAUUACUUCUGAAUUUACAGUUUUAGGAUUUGUUUAUAGUUGAUGUCGACUCGUUAAUGAUUCCUACAGACUUAGCUAAAAGGUAGCUUUGUGAAUGUUGCCAGCUGGUGCUCUGAGUACAAGAAGAACCCUAACAACAUGUCUACUCAAGCCUUCAGUGCAAUGGUUUACUGAAGCUUUAAACACUCCUGCCACUGUUUGUUGCAGAGAACAUAUUCCUUCUUUUUUUAGACAGAGCAAGACUAGAUUUCUGGAUUAUAAAGAAACACACACCACAUUUGAUUCACUCAGCCCUUUUCUUCAUGUAAGGAGAAAUUUCUUUCAGCAUGUCCGUAAGGUUAACUGUGCUAACUCAGAUAGGGUGUGGAUAGCUACUAGGAGCUGUGGGGUCAGGUUUAUUCAUGGUGCGGUUAUCAGGAGUGCGGAGGACAGCACAUCUACAGACAGAGCAAAAAUGGUGCGUGUACUCAGUGUUGCAGAGAAAAAUGAUGCAGCAAAGAACUUGGCUGAAAUCAUGUCCCGGGGGGGAUAUAAUAGACGGGAGGGCUAUAGCAAAUUUAACAAGAUCUAUGAAUGGGACAUGAUGCUACGGGGAGAGCAGUGCCAUAUGGUCAUGACCUCUGUAUCAGGCCAUCUCCUCAACCAGUCAUUCACAGGGCACUACCGCAAGUGGACAAGUUGCAACCCACUGCACCUCUUUGAUGCUCCAGUUGUCAAGAUCUGUCCACAGGACAUGGAGCCCAUCAAGCGUACCUUGGAAAAGGAAGCAAGAGCUGCAACACGCCUGAUAAUCUGGACAGAUUGUGAUCGUGAAGGGGAGAACAUUGGGUUUGAAGUCAUUGAAGUAUGCAAAGCUGUGAAGCCUUCUCUCCACAUUUUGAGGGCUAAGUUCUCAGAGAUCACGUUUCAGUCAGUCCAGCGGGCAUUGCAGUCCCUCAUACCGCCUGACAGGAAGCAGAGUGAUGCCGUAGAUGUACGCAGUGAGCUUGACUUGCGCAUUGGAGCAGCCUUUACACGAUUCCAAACACUCCGCCUGCAGAAGGUUUUCCCACAGGCUUUAGCUGAUACGCUCAUAAGUUACGGAUCUUGCCAGUUCCCAACACUUGGUUUUGUGGUAGAGCGUUACAAGGCCAUUCAGGCAUUCAUACCCGAGCAGUUUUGGAAGAUUAAAGUCAGUCAUAAUGGAGAAGAGGGAGUGAUAGACUUCGCUUGGGGACGUGUCAGGCUGUUUGAUGAGCUGGCUUGCCAAGUGCUUUUUGAGAUGUGUCAGGAGAAUCCCCAAGCACGUGUGACAAAAAUUACAACCAAGCGCAAGAGCAAGUGGCGACCACUGCCUCUCGACACUGUGUGUCAGUGGGAUAAUAAAAUUACAUCUCUUAGAUUGGCUCAGUACUAUACAAUUAAAGUAAAAAAACAAAAUGAACCUGAUGGAAAUACCUUUGUACUCAAAAUUAACAUCACGAAAACUUCGCAUAAAUGCUAA